GGCAUUCACCUCCAUCAUUGUGCAUUUGACUACAUCACCAACCAAGCAUGUACCUGAGCAACCGGGCCGCGAGCCACCUAAGCAGCCCAGGGCGGGCCACCGAGCCCGGGCAGCAGCAGCAGCAGCAGGCCGGCUGCGAGCUGGAGAUGCUGGGUCGGGGGGGUGGCUGGGUGAACCAGGCGUACAGCGGCUCGACGCCGUCUCUCCCGCGGGCCGUCAGCACCGUCUACAGUCCGCAGCAGUCGCUCUUCCACAGCUCCAUGGACAGCGUGUGCAGCCUCGGCAUCCCGGGGGGCAUGGGCAGCCCCUACCCCCCACACAACGCCGCCAUCACUGCCGAUCCCAAGGGCUCAGCCAAGUCCGGAGCUGAGAAGAGGAAGAGCUCAGGGGGAUGCUGCUCUUGUCUGUCAAGGGCAAUUAAAGGCAUUUGGGGAACAACAAUGACCGAAGACACUUCAGAGGAUCGUGAACGUUACGUAAAAACAACAUUAAGAGAAUUACUCGUCUACAUUGUGUUCCUGGUGGACAUAUGUCUACUGACAUAUGGCAUGACAAGCUCCAGCACUUACUAUUACACCAAAGUCAUGACGGAUUUAUUUGUGCGCAACUCGGGUGACGGUGGAGUGCCGUUUCAGUCCAUUGGUAGCAUGGCGGACUUUUGGAUGUAUGCUCAGGGCCCGUUGCUAAAUGGCCUCUAUUGGACCAGGUGGUACAACAACCAGUCGCUAGACUACGGUAACCAGUCCUUCAUCUACCACGAGAACAUGCUGCUGGGGGUCCCCCGCAUGAGGCAGAUCAAGGUCAAGAAGAACUCCUGCAAGGUCCACAAGGACUUCCAGAAGGAGAUAUUCGACUGCUUUGAUGUGUACAAUGACAAGAAGGAGGAGGACGACGAGUUUGGUCUCAUCAACGGGACCGCUUGGCAGUACCACCAAGAGAAGGUCAUCAAAGGCUCCAGCCACUGGGGCCUGCUGACCACAUACAGUGGAGCAGGUUACUACCAGGACCUGGGCAAAACCAGGGAAGAGAGCCAGGAGGUGUUAGAAACACUGAGGACAAACCUCUGGCUGGACCGAGGAACCAGAGCGGUCUUCAUCGACUUUUCAGCAUACAAUGCCAACAUUAAUCUAUUCUGUGUUAUCAGGCUAGUUGUGGAAUUCCCAGCCACUGGAGGGGCGAUACCAUCCUACCAGAUCAGGACGGUGAAGCUGAUUCGCUACAUCACCACCUGGGACUACUUCAUCGUGGGCUGUGAGGCGGUGUUCUGCCUGUUCAUCCUCUACUACAUGGUGGAGGAGGCCCUGGAGCUGCGCAUCCACAAGUGCUCUUACUUCAACAGCAUCUGGAACAUUCUGGAUCUGGUGGUCAUCCUGCUCGCCCUUGUUGCCAUUAUUUUCAACGUGUUCCGGACCCUCAAAGUGGACAAACUGCUUGGCAAGCUUUUGGAGCAGCCUGACAUUUAUGCUGAUUUUGAGUUUCUUGCAUUUUGGCAAACGCAGUACAACAAUAUGAACGCUGUGAAUUUGUUCUUUGCCUGGAUCAAGAUAUUCAAAUACAUCAGCUUCAACAAGACCAUGACCCAGCUCUCGUCCACUCUGGCUCGAUGUGCCGCUGACAUCCUAGGCUUUGCUAUCAUGUUCUUCAUCGUCUUCUUCGCCUAUGCCCAGCUGGGAUAUUUACUGUUUGGAACAGAGGUUGAAUCCUUCAGCACAUUUAAUAAAUGCAUAUUCACCCAGUUCAGAAUCAUCCUUGGGGACUUUGACUAUGAUGGCAUUGAGAGAGCCAACAGAGUGCUGGGGCCGAUAUAUUUCUUCACUUAUGUGUUCUUUGUCUUCUUCGUCUUACUGAACAUGUUCCUGGCCAUUAUUAAUGACACCUAUUCAGAGGUCAAGGAGGAGUUGGCAUCCCAGACAGAUGAUGUCCAGAUUACGGAUAUCAUUAAACAGAGUUACAUGAAGACUUUCAUGAAACUGAAACUCAAAAAGGAGAAGAUUACCGAUGUCCAAAAGGCCCUUCGAUCUGGCUCUGAGGAACUGGAGUUCAAAGACUUCAGAGAGACCCUGAAAGAAAUGGGACAUAAAGACCAUGAGAUUUCAGCAGCUUUUUCCAAGUUUGACAGAGAUGGAAACAAUAUUUUGGACAAGGAUGAACAGGACCGGAUGAAGAAGGAACUGGAGGAGAAGAGGGAUGCACUGAAUGCUGAACUCAAUGACCUUGGCAAGAGCAUGAGCACCACCAGCAAACCCUCUGAGAAUGUGGCUGAAGGCAACAACUCAACUGUCACCCAGGAGGAGUUCCAAAUGCUGGUCAGACAGGUUGUUCAGCUGGAGAGUGCUGUGACCACCAUUAUGUCAAAGAUGGACGCAGUCACGUCAAAACUGGAGACUAAGUGCAGCAACAAAGGGAGCACGGGGAAAGGCUGGAGUGAUGACCAGAGGUCUUCAUCAGAUGCUAGUGAACAGGCCAACGUGGACAAUCGCCUGAAGGAGGGAUCAGCAGCCUGGUGUAUGAGUGGUCCAGAAGGCAGGGCCGCCGCUGCAAAUCGUGUGUAUCCCAACGUAGACCGACUGAAAUGAACGACUCUCAGAAUAAUGGAGUAACCAAGUUAACAGUUCAUCAGAUUAAAUAUAAUAAUAACCAGGGUGCGGAUUUGUCGGAAAACCAGAAGGGGGGAUAUGUUUCAGAUUUUAAGUAAUAUCAAUGGAAUUACAUUAACGUGUGAUUAAAAUCAUGUAUAAAAAGUGGAGCUAUCAAAACCAGAAGGGGGGACAAUCCCCCCACCCCCCGUCAAAACGCACCCUGAUAAUAACAAUAAUAAUAUUAAAUAGCAGGCUGCUCUAAACUACAGCAUUAUGUAAAUAAGAUAAAUUAGUGGCCUUACAUUUGAGGUCCUUUAGCUAUUACUAACACAAAAAAAAUCAAUGUUGAUAUUGCUGAAUGUACAUACAACCUCAUACACAAUGGACAUAUCUGAAUGUAAAGUCAAUGUGUUCCUCUAGGAUGCUGAAAUUAUAGGUCGAAAACAGAUAUGUAGGCCACUAUUGUGUGUCUAGUUAUACUCUAGAGCCUAUAGCCUACUCUGUAUUGAAAUAUUUACUUUUAUUGAAACGUUUGGAGCUAAAGCCUUCAAUAAUGAGGAAAAAUAUUUGCUCAGUGUUUUCCUGUGGAGCACACGCUGCUAAUCUUAUAUUAUUGAAUGCCCUUGAUUCAACAAACCUAUGUAGGACCUAUGUGAACAUUGAUGUACUACAAUAGACAUGUAGACUUGAAAGAACUUGUCAUGACUUAAAUGUCUGUAAAUGAAUGCACUCAGCAUGGUGCAUUGUGGUACUUUGUGUUGUGUAGCUUUAGAUUACAUGUUGGAAAAUGUCCUACUGUGAAACUAAUGUGUAAGACCUUAU